AUGGCAGCCACGUCCUUAAAGGGUGGUGGUAGAACCACCAGCUUUCAACGCGUGGCAAAGACUCAACUUGGAACCUCCGGCUUUACUUGUUAUACAAAUCCUUUGUUUGAACGUGCAGUUCGGAAAACCUCUAUGGGAAGAAAACUAUGUAACUACAAAGCAACCAAGCUAAGAUUAGCCUUGCCCCGAAAUGACAAGUUGGCUGAGACGAACCCACCAAAGACUUCUGAUCAUGUCAAAAGUAACAAAAGGUGUUCACCCGAGGUUGGUCCUAAUGAAACCAAAGAAAAAAGAUCCGGGCCUCCAUCAAAGUCAUGGAAAUACGAUGUAUUUAUUAGUUUUAGAGGACAAGAUACUCGCAAAGCCUUUGUAGAUCAUCUCUACUCUUCUCUUGUAGAACGACUAAUCCGUGUUUACAAGGAUGAUGUAGCACUUCCCCGUGGUGAUUCCAUCUGUCAAUCUUUGUUAAAGGCUAUCGAAGAAUCACAGAUUGCUGUCAUAGUAUUCUCCAAAAAUUAUGCAGAUUCUUCAUGGUGUUUAGACGAACUUGCACAUAUUAUGAAAUGCAGGAAAGAAAGAGGGUUAACUGUUAUACCCAUAUUCUAUGACGUGGAUCCCUCGGAAGUGAGAAAUCAAAAAAGAAAGUUUGGAAAAGCAAUUGCCAAACAUGAGACGAGGAACUUCAUGAAUGCUGAUUUAUGGAGAAAUGCACUUACUGAAGCAAGUAACAUUGCUGGAUGGGAACCCAGACACAUUGUCAACGGGUAUGAAUCAAAAGUCAUCAAAGAAAUUGUUGAUAGAAUUCAAGAUAGAUUGUUUCCCUUAGAUCUAGAUGUUGAUGAAAAGCUUGUUGGAAUGAGGGCUCGCUUGCAAGAUUUGAUAUCACGGUUAGAAGUUGGGACGGGUGGCGUGCACAUGGUUGGGUUAUGGGGGAUUGGAGGCGGCGGUAAGACCACUCUCGCAUAUUCAGUUUAUACCAAAAUUUCAUGCCAUUUUCAAGGUCAUUGCUUUAUUCCCAAUAUCCGUGAGCAAAGCAAACAUGGUUUGGAAACCUUGCAACAAAAAUUUCUAUCCUCCAUUUUGAAGACAGAAGUAAAAGUGCAGAGUGUUGAAGAGGGAAAAUUCAUAAUAAAGAAUAGGUUGUGUAACAGUAAAGUCUUGGUAAUUCUUGAUGAUGUUGAUUACCUAGGCCAAAUACACGCAUUAGCUGGAUCGCCUAAAUGGUUUGGAAGUGGAAGCCGAAUAAUAAUCACCACUCGAGAUGAACAUUUGCUAAGAACUCACAGGGUUGAUCAUGUCUCCUCUAUUAAAUUAUUAUCAGAUAAAGAGGCUUUCUUAUUAUUUUAUAAGCACGCAUAUAAUGAAACAAAGCCUCUAAAAGAUUACGCAAAACUUUCAUCCUGUGUAGUUUCUUAUGCUGUUGGGCUACCAUUAGCACUUAAAGUUUUAGGCUCUUUUCUAUAUGACAAAGACGAAAGUGAGUGGAUAAGUGUCUUAACGAAGUUAAAAGAUAUUCCAAAUAUUGAGGUGAUGGAUAUGUUGAGAAUUAGUUAUGAUGGACUUGAACCUCUUCAGAAAGAGUUAUUCUUGGAUAUUGCAUGUUUCUUUAGGUGGAAAAGCACAAAUGUCACAGAUGCACCGAUGGAGAUACUUGAUGCAUGUGGAUUUCACCCUGUUAUAGGCAUAAAAGUGUUGCAACAAAGAGCUCUCAUUUCUAUUGUGGAUGGUAACUUUGAUAUGCAUGAUCUGGUUCAAGAAAUGGGACACUACAUUGUUAGAGGGGAGCAUCUUAAUAAUCCCGAAAACCAUAGCAGAGUCUGGAAAAAAGCAGAC